GCCGGCAGCCACCCUCCUCCCCGGCCAGUGCCCUCCGCCCCGGCCCAUGGGGACGCUCGUGGCCAAACUGCUCCUGCCCACCCUCAGCAGCCUGGCCUUUCUCCCCACCAUCAGCAUCGCCGCCAAGAGGCGCUUCCACAUGGAGGCCAUGGUCUACCUCUUCACCAUGUUCUUCGUGGCGCUCUUCCACGCGUGCGACGGGCCGGGCCUGGCGGUGCUGUGCUUCCUGCGCCACGACGUCCUCGAGUAUUUCAGCAUCUACGGCACGGCGCUCAGCAUGUGGGUCUCCCUGAUGGCGCUGGCCGACUUCGACGAACCCAGGAGGUCCACGCUGGUGAUGUUCGGCGUGCUGACCAUCGCCGUCCGCACCUACCACGACCGCCAGGGCUACGGGGUGUACUCGGGCCCCGUGGGCACGGCCGUCCUCAUCAUCACGGCCAAGUGGCUGCGGCAGAUGAAGGAGAAGAGGGGCCUAUACCCCGACAAGAGCGUGUACACCCAGCAGAUCGGCCCUGGCCUCUGCUUCGGGGCGCUGGCUCUGAUGCUGCGCUUCUUCUUCGAGGACUGGGACUACACCUACGUCCACAGCUUCUACCACUGCGCCCUGGCCAUGUGCUUGGUCCUGCUGCUGCCCAAGGUCAACAAGAAGGCCGGGAGCGCGGGGCCGCCGGCCAAGCUGGACUGCCCCACGCUCUGCUGCGCCUGCGUCUGACCGCGCCCCGCAGCCCACCCCGGCCCCGCCCACCCGCCUCCUGCCGGGAGCCCUCCUGCCCUUCCCCGGGGCCGGGUGUCCCGGGGAAACCCGCCCUCCCGCUCUGGGAGGGCGCAGGGGUUCCAGGAGCACCUCUGCGGGGAGCACUUCCUGCGAACCCCCUUCCGACGUUUCUACGGGCUGCCGAGUGCUGCGCCGGAGAGAAGUCUCCCUCCUGCCGGCCUCCGCCACGACGACGGAUGGGUGUGUGGGCCCCGGAGCCACACCUGUCUGUCUGCUCCCUUCCCCCUCCUCCCUCCCUCCUCCCCGGCAAGCCCCAGCCCGCUCCCGGCCACCAAGGGGCUCUCGUGUC